AUGUCCAACAUUCUGACCUCUACUAGCCCUCCUGAAUUUCUGACAAGACUCUACUCGGCGCUACCGCCUUCGGAUGGUCGCCGUCCCCGCGUCACUCUCACGUUCGCCCAGUCCCUAGACUCCAAAAUUGCUGGACAGGGAGGGCAGCAACUCAUUCUCAGCGGAAAGGAAAGCAUGAUCAUGACACACUGGAUGCGCACGAUGCACGAUGCCAUCAUGGUUGGCAUCGGUACGGCAUUGAACGAUAACCCACAACUCAAUAGGAACAACGCCCACAACAAUCCCUAUCACCUCCCCCGACCAAUCAUCCUCGAUACAAACCUUCGCCUCAAAACGGAUUGCAAGUUGGUACAAAAUUUCAAGAACGGCUUUGGGCGGCGGCCAUGGGUCAUCUGUGCAGCCCCAUCGUCCUCGGACGAUGCCGACUUUGCCAGCAAGACGAAGCUACUAACGGACGUAGGUGUUCGGGUUAUCCAAAUUCCGACUGAGACAGGGCAUCAAAUUGAUAUUAGAGCUAUGCUGCAAACGCUGUCAGAACUCGGUGUUCGCUCUUUGAUGGUAGAAGGAGGCGCCUCUGUCAUCAAGUCCUUUUUCACAGGUGUCUCCAACCCCAGCGGAAACUUCGUAGACGCGGUCAUCGUCACAGUUGCCCCUGUCUUCGUUGGCCAACAAGGCAUAGGCUACGAUCUGGACCUGCAAAUUGUUCGUCGUUCCAUUGCUUCGACGUUGUUUCAGCUAAGCUGUCUACAGUCGUCUGGAUUGCAACAUGUGCACUCUGAGAUUCUGGGGAAAGACGCAGUAUUGGUGCUGAAAAGUCAUGGAUCUUACAUCUGA